AAAAAAAAAGCUCACUGUACCUUUUUCCCCAAAUCAAAAUAGGAGCUGCUCAAUCAAUUUACUCAGAAACAAAACCUUAUUUCCAUCUCCUUCACAUUUCAUCGCAGAAAUUCUCUAUUGUAGCUUUAUCUAGUUCUUCUUGCUACAGAUCUUGUUUUUACGGUACAUUUCACUCUUCUUCUAUGUCUUCGAUUGGGGAAGUGGAGAAACAGUUCAAAUCAUUCGAACAUCGUUUGGAGGAGUUGGGGAGACUACAAAAGCGGUUAAGGAUAGUUUCCAUCACAACUAUAUCCUAAACUGGAGGCAUGUAUAUUCUUCCUUAUGUGGUAGCAACUCUCUGUUCGAGAUGAAUUUCAGUCCCUGCUCUCUCCUCGAGAUAGAACUUCAGUCAGGUAUCUGGAGCAUUCUUGAAGAAUCUUUACUCAAGUUAGCAAUUUACAACAAUUUUAUCCAGGUUACAUAAAAAUCCCUACUGACAUAGCUAUUUAUUAAAAAGGAUGUAAGUUUCUUCCAGUACUCAACAAUGAGGUACACAGAAACUCUAAUGACAAGAAAAGGCUUGCAAAUUUAGAAAAUUUAGUACUUAUUAUGUUUGAAAAGGAUGAAAUUUUUGUACCAAAGCAGACCUCAUGGUUUUGGUACUAUCCUGAUGGUUCCUUCACCACUCUCUCACCUGAUCAGAAGAUGACACAAACUGGAAGUAAGAGAAGUGAAAGUGGAGCUUCAAAUGAGAGCAUACCUUACACCUCAUCUCCCAGUGAGGUUGAAGUUGAUGUUGAUACUUCAAAUAAAAGAAAAACCAUGGAACCUAGAGCUAAUUAUUGGAUGCAUUUUGAAAAGUUUACCGAUGAAAAUGGAGCUAGUAAAGCCAAAUGCAAGUAUUGUGCAAAAGCUUAUGUAGCCUCUACAUCAUCUAAUGCAAGUGUACCAUCAACUUCGACUCGCCCUCAACUCUAGCCAGUCUCCAGC